GAUGAACUGGAUGAGGAGGAGACAAAGGCUCUAAAAUCUCUACCCGCAGUAGAUCCCGAGGAGACUGAUCGGAGUCGUUCUUGUCCCUACCUCGAUACCAUAAAUCGCCAGAUGUUGGACUUCGAUUUCGAAAAACUCUGCAGCGUCUCCCUUAGCCACCUAAACGUGUACGCCUGUCUAGUUUGUGGCAAAUACUUCCAGGGACGCGGUUCUUCAACGCAUGCCCACACCCACAGCGUCAACGAAGACCAUCAUGUCUUCCUCAAUCUGGAAACGCAUCGCUUCUACUGUCUGCCAGACAACUAUGAGGUCAUCGACGGUUCUCUCGAGGACAUCACCUACCUCCUCAAUCCCACCUUUCUGAAGUCGGACAUUGCCCAACUGGACGUCAGUACGAGUAUGGUGCGCGCUUAUAACGGCCUCACCUACUAUCCCGGCUUUGUUGGUCUCAACAACAUUAAGGUGCGUCGUGUCCUUAUUUUCCGUGCCUUCCACUCCGCCCCCCGUCGCCUGAUUGCUGGUUCAGCUGUCAAAUCAAGCGAACACAGCAGGAUUUAUUUGGGUACAAAUAAAUUUCGGGACGGCUUGUCAACUGCUUGUCCUGUCUUUGCAUGA